UAAACAGUAUAAAUACAGCCGUUUACUCUUAAUAUUUGGGACAUAACUACUAUCUACUAGAAGCAGAUAUGUGGAAAAUAACUUUAUUAGUGAUUGUUGCUUUUUCAACCAGCCAAGGAUUUCUAUUUGGCCGAGACCAAUCCAAAUGGAAUGGUUUGAAAGUAACAUGGGGUCUUAAUCCCUUCUCGUCGUUCCAAGAUGUGCCGAGAACAAAAGCAGAUGCUUUACACCAGGGAUGGGUAAAAAAGGACGCUGGUGCUGGUUGCCAAGGUGCACAUUUCAACGGAGAGCGAUUCUGGAAGGACAGUGAUUUGGGUGUGAUUCUACUCUACGAUGUAAAUGGUUUCAUUGCUGGCAUACAGACCGCAUUUGAUAAAAAUACAAGUCCGAACCAGAAUAAUUAUCCGGCACCACAGAUGCAGACUCACCCAUUGGUAGAAGAGGGCGGGAACUAUCAUAGCACCGCAUACUUUAUUCCAUCAGACACAGUAUGCACUACAGGGCGCACAGAAGCCGAUUUUCACCAAGAAGGCACCGGUACAGGGUUAUGGGUGCAAAACGGAACCACCCCAAGCAGCACUGUGCAGAUCCCGAUGACAAUCGAACAGGCACGAACCAGUGCAUGGACAGAGGGAAAAUGUUUUGCUUCUAUGGGAAAGCAUUUCUGGUACAAUCUGAGUAAGGGCAUGGACUGUAAUGACUUCUUCCCUAUGUUUCUACUAUACAAUGGUGGCGUUCUCAACGGAUUUGGCUGGGCUUAUGGGAUUGACAUUACUGCCUCCAGUCGCCUGGAACAUCCCCCGGCGGUCACAUAUGCGCAAUUUAUGGCGGAGGUGCCAACCUGUCUGGGGACAUGGGGAACCCUUACAACACUGCACAUUUACCUAACCGACAGCGCCCUUGCUGAUACUUGCUAGAUCUACAACCUAAUUAUAUUAAAAUUGUGACUGUAGUAGCAUGUGUGUUUAAUUUACAAUAAUUUAUAAAAACUUAUAUAAAAAACUGAAAAUGUC